AUGGGAGUUGUUAUAUCUCGUUUCAAGUCAAAAAAUGAUGAUAAUUAUGAAAAAAUAUUAUCAGAGCUUGAUGAUAAUAUUCGUAAAACAGAAAUAUCCCUAGGUGAAAUAAGAAAACGAGGAAAUAAGGCAUUAAUAGUCUGGAUAGUAUACUCAUUAUUAGCAUAUAUUGCAUAUGCAAUAGGAUAUUGGUAUUUUAUUUAUAUGUCUAAUCAGAGAGAAGGUUUUGAUUUUAUGAAAGUGGCGCCUGUUAUAACAGGGCCUUUUUUCAUCGUAGUUGGUUGUAAAUUUCUUAAUUUAUGGUAUAAAAGAAAUGAAACUAAUGAAGCAUCUCAACUUGAACAUUUAAGAGCCAAACAAAAACUUAAACUAGAAGAAAUGAAAAAGAGAACUAGUUAUUAUUUAACUAAGACUUUGCUAGAUAGAUAUGAUUCACCAACAAAUUCUCCAAUAAAUCAACAACAGCAACCAAUGACUCCCGGUCAAAAAAUUACAUCAAUGACAACACCUGGUAGUUUAAAACUUGAUGUAGUUGCUGGCGAAGACGAACAAAAAUAUGCUUUGAUUUGUAAAGAUUGUUAUACUUGGAAUGGUUUGGCUUUUCCAGCCGAAUUUGAUGAUAUUCAAUAUUAUUGUAAAAAUUGUCGAUCCACAUCACCAAAACUAACUAGUAGAGAUUCUUCAUCAGAUCCAGAAACAUUAAAUGAAAAAUACGAUGGUUAUGAUGAUGGUAUUGCUGUUAGCGAAAAAAAAGGUAGUCAUUGUCGUACUGAUGACAAUGACAAUGAUGAUGAUUUCUAG